AUGAAAAAGGUUUUGUCAUCAACUGAGGCUCCAAAAGGUUAUAGUAAAGAAGAGAGCAUAUCAGAUUCAUCAGUAAUUCCAGGUCUUUUGAAUGAUGCACUUGCUGGUUCUAUCAUGGGGUUCACUGAAACAGGAUACAUGUGGGAAAGCCUAUUUCAAAUAUACAUAGAAUAUUUUGUUAGUUCUAUUCCGCCUGCACGUUCUGUUUUGUUAAUUCUAGAUGGUCAUAAAA